AUGACGUGCGGACAUCAGCUCCGACUCAGCUCCCUCAGCUCCGACUCGAUGCGUCGAACGUGGGGAACUCCUUUCGCGUCGAACGUGUCGAAGAUGCGCCGAACGGCGCGAGGAUCCAUGAAACGGAUCGCAGAGAAUGGCUCAGAGGGCAGCGAUGGGACUGCUGGCCGUGGAAAUGAGCAGCUUGGCAUGCUGAAACAUGGAACUGAAGGGUCUGAGGAACCCAUGCAGAAGUCGGUUCUCAUCUUGAGGGGAUUGACUUCUCGGGUCUACGCUGGUUUGGAUAAGUGUAAAGGCCAGGAGUGCUUGGAAGUAAGACCUUUGUGGAACAUGACGAAAGGAUAUUUGAUCAAGUCUUUGGUCACAACGCUUCUGACCAUCUAUGCCCUCAUUGGAGAUGACAUGCGGCUGAUCUUCUCUGAGAAAGCAGCUGAUGAUACUUUCAACAUCAUCACAACUGUGACGAUGGUGGUCUUCGGGCUAGAAGUGAUCAUCAAUACAUUCGGAAAGCAAGGAUACCUUUGCGGCUUCUUCUUUCUACUGGAUUUUGGUUCCACUAUAACCUUGAUUUUGGACCUCACCUAUGUCUCAGAGGCUCUUUUUGGAGAUUCCAUCUCUUCAGCACAGGCGCUGGCAGGCGCGAGCGCUGGGCCAGUGGUGCAGGGUCCAGUCGAUCAAAGUAGCAGCCAAUCCGCUGAUGCGGCUCGAGCUGGUCGAGUAGUUCGACUUCUGCGGUUGGUAAGGCUAAUUCGACUGGUGAAGUUCUACCAGAAGAACACCUCGUCUCCCAAGUACCAAGCUGGGGAGUCUGUCGAGGCCGCCACCCCUGGAAUGGAUUGGGAGGAGGAUGAUGACGAUAUGCAAAAGGAAUCGGCCGUCUCCAAAAAGCUUUCCGAGAUGACCACUCGUAGAGUCGUCAUGCUGGUCUUAGUCAUCAUGCUGUCCCUGCCAUUCUUCCAGCCUGGAAUGUACAACGAUGAUUUGUCUACCUCAGCUCAGUAUGGCGUGAACGUCCUCUACCGAAGAUGGCGGGAUGACAUGAGUCUUUACGAGCCCUACGCGAAUGACACAGCACAAGCCGCUUAUAUGAGCUCCAAAGGCAGAGAGGUCUACGUGGAUGACUUUUUCCUGUAUUCUUACUACCACAGUCCAUUCACACAAGAGGACCUAAAGCCUUCAACGGCAGUUAGUUCUCCUUUGAGCAGCUUCAACAGCUUGUUCUUCGCCGGCGUCCAUCCGGACAACGAGACCUUGGGACAGUUCUUCUUACCUUCCUUCGAGGGAAGAGGCACGACGAUGUUGGGCGAGAACGCUCGCUUUGCGGGCACAGAUUGGUUGUACUAUCAAGGCAACCUGACCUCGGACCCAGAGGCUCUUUUGUUCGUUCCAUAUCCGAACACCACGAGCUGCGUUGGCGGAGCCGCGCGGGGUGUUUCCCUCCUGGCAGCGAUUGAUGCCAACUUGGAUUGUCCUGAAAAGCUUCGCUACAAUGAACGCACCGUGAUCGUUCCGACUGCCGCCACCUCGGCAGAGUACGAAGAGAUCCACUUCAUUUUCGUCUUUGACCGCAGGUCUGGAGCCCGACUAGAAGCGAUCUUGAACACGGCGCAGACCAUUUUCAUUUGUUUCCUGCUGGGCUUCGGGGCGAUGACCUUCUCACAAGAUGCCAAUAGGUUAGUUCUCACACCGAUUGAGCGAAUGAUCUCCAAGCUGGAUAAGAUCCGGAACAACCCGCUCGAAGCAAUGACCAUAGGAGAGCGCCGCCAAGCGGGGUUGCUGCAGUCGGUCGGGGGGUGUUGCUCUGCCACUCUGAAAUGCAUUAGGAGAAGAAGCUCUGCGCCAAAGCAGAUUCCUGAGCCUAUGGAGACGGUUGUGCUGGAAAAGACCAUCAUCAAGAUCGGAUCCCUCUUGGCUUUGGGAUUUGGAGAGGCUGGUGCUGAGAUCAUUGGCCAGAACAUGCGUGGAGGUGAUAGCGCUGCGCUCAAUGUGGCAGACAAAUACACGGUGAUCCGGGGUUUGGGACGUGGGAAGUUUGGGCAAGUGAGCGAAGUGCAGCACAAGGUCACGAAAGAACGCUUUGCAUGGAAGCAAGUCCUUCUUGACCAGAGCGCUUGGCAGGACAUUGAGGUGCGAUUGCUGAGCCGCAUGAAGCACAAGAACAUCGUCCGCCUUUACGAUGUGUUUCAGGAGCAGGGCAUCAUGGACAUGAUGCUGGAGCUUUGUACGAAGGGUAGCAUGACAGAGUACAUGGCUGACAAAGUUGAGAAACUUGGAGGGAUGAAAUGCUAUCUCAAACCCAGCACCUGGGAGAUUUGGAAUGCUCUGCAGCAGCUUCUGUCCGCUGUAAGCUUCCUCCAUGAGAACCAGGUGGCACACCGAGACAUCAAGCCCGACAAUGUGCUUCAGUCCAGAGGACACCAAUGGAAGUUGGCCGACUUCAACCUGGCGUGCGAGAUUCCACAAGGCUUUGCGAUGUCGGGUCGGGCUGGCACACGCCCAUUCAUGGCGCCAGAGGUGGACCAGGGCAAUCUUUAUACAGAGAAAUGUGAUCUGUACAGCACCGGAGUGCUUUUUGUCGGUCUGGUUUGUGGGGCUUACUACGUCCAACCUGGAGAAAAUCCAACUCCCAAGAUGCUGCAGGAUGCAGAGAAGCUUCUGGACAAGAAGACGUGGAAGCAGGAGGAGUCAAUCCCGGCCUUAGAGCUCGCCAAACACAUGCUCGCUCCUGAGUGCGAUCGCUGUGAUGCCGAAGAAGCUCUCAAUAGUCCUUGGAUGCUUCAGCCCAUGGCUCCUUGCUGCGUCAUCAGCUGA